AUGUCGCGCGUGCGUGGCCAGAAUGACGCGCGCGCCGCGGCGCCCGGCAUCCCCCCGCCGCUGGCCAGCCGCACGCCGCCCGACAGCCGCAACGGCAUCAUCAUCGGCCUGCGCGACAGCAGCACCGACGGCAUCAACUCCUCGUCGCAGCUGACCUACAAUGAGGCCCUCGGGGCGGCGGCCGCCGCGGCCACCGUCAACUCCCAGGUGACCAUGGCCGGGUCGCAGACCACCCAGGCCACGGCCGCCGCGGCCGGCAUCGUCAAUGCCCUGGUCGAGGCGGCGGCCCCGCCGCAGGUGAUCGCCGCGGCGGCGGCCGCGGCCGCGGCCGCCCUGGCCGGCGCCGGCCGCACCGACUCCGAGUCCAUCCUGGCCGCGGCAUUGGUGUCGGCGGCCUCCUCCUUCCUGGACCAGGACCGCAAUGUGGACGCCGGCAUUGCCACCCUCUCGGCGGCCCGGCGCUCCGGGGACUUCUAUGCCCAGCUGCUGAGCCGCACGGCCGGCAGCACUUCGGACAAUGGCCUGGGCUAUGAGCUGCUGCUGCUGGCCCAGGAGUCCGUGGCCCUGUCCAUCGCCGGGGGAGGGGCCCGGGGGUCGGCCUCGGGCCCCCGGCAGCCGGACCCGGCAGCCGGCGCGCCGGACGACCGCCGGGGCGCCCGCCGCCGCCGGCCGCGCCAGGGCCCCCGACCCGGGCGCGCGGAAAGCCCCCCGCCGCGGCCGGUGGCCGGGCUCCACCGGGCCGGCCGGACCGCCUCCAGCCGGUCGCUGGCCUCCACCGAGUCGGGCCGGUCGGGCGGCGGCUCGGUGGCGGCCGGGCCGGCAAGCCCGGCCGGCGGCGUGGGGCCCGGCCCGGCCACCCCGCCCGGCGGCCCGGCCACCUCCGGCACAAGCCCCGGGGCGCCGCCACCGGCCCCGGCCGCCGGGGGGCCGCUCUCGCGUGCCUGGGACUCGGUGCCCGUCGGCCCGAGCACCCUGCGCAAGACCAUGCGCGUGUCCUACUCGUCCGGCGACUGCCGGCGGGACCACAUCGACUUCCGCGUCGGGCGCAUCGGGCCCGGGGCCUUCGAGGGGCGCAGCAUGUCGCCGCUGGGGCCGGGGCCGGGGCCGGGGCCCGGGCCCGGGGGCAGCCCCGGCCCGGCACCCGGGGCCGGCCCGGCCUUCCCCCCCGCCGGGGGCCGGCCGCCGGCCGGCGAGCACUUGCAGCUGCUGGAGCGCUGCCAGAGCGACCCGAGCGCCUGCCUGGCCCGGCACCCGGGCCCCGGCAUGGCCGACGGCGCCGACAGCCCGGACGGCCUCGACGACCGCCGGGGCACCGGCCGGGACAAGCCGCCGGGCCGGCUCGCCCGCGCGGACUCCGGCUCCCGGUGGUCGGUGGACUCGGCCCCGGGGGCCGGUGGUCACAGCGGCCCCGGCAGCCUGGCGGCCAUCGCCGACCAGGUGGCCCUGCCGCGGCUGCUGAGCCGGCUGGCGGCCGCCCGGUCGCCGGACACCGCCUCCGAUGCCGGGCCCCCGACGCCGCUGUCCGGCGACAAUCUCCUCUUCACCCUGGGGUCCGACGAUGGGGCGGACACCAGCGACCCGGAGGCCGGCUGGUCCGGCGACGAGGCCCACCCGGGGGGCUACUCCUCCGAGCCCGGGGACCUGGGCGACUGGGACACCGCCUCGGACACCGAGGACAUGGAGCCGGACGAGGCCCCGGGCCCGGGGGCCGACCUGUUCGGCGGGGCCACGCCGGGCGCCCCGGCGCCGGGCCCGCACGCGCACCCGCCCCUGCAGCCGGCCGCGCCGCAGCUCAGCAUGUCGCCCAGCCGGCUGGAGGCGCUGCUGCGCGACCCGGAGGCGGCCGGCGAUCCGAACCUCGGGCUGGCCAUGGCGGCGGCCGCGCACCUGGCCGUCCCCCUGCGCCGGUCCCAGCUGGAGACCCUGGCCGGGCGGACGGACGUCGCCCCGCUGGCCGGGCACGCGGUGUACCUCGACCACCCGACCGACGAGGAGGACAUGCUCCUGGGCACGGGGGAUUCCACCGGGGCCGGGGUCGUGGCCGGGGCCGGGGCCGCUGCGGCCGGCGCGGGCGCGGGCACGGCCGCGGGCACGGCCGCCGCCGGCCCCGGCGCCGCCGUCGACGCCGGGGGGGCUGGCCCGGCCCCGGCCGGCGCCUCGAGCCGGUGGUCGCGCGUGGUCGGGUCCGGCAAGGUCCGGCCGCUGGUCCGGCCGGCCGGCGCCCCGGGCAGCCCGGCGCCCGGCCCCCGAGCGGCGCCCCCCCCGGCCACCCCCCCCGGGGCCGAGGCCGAUGACGAGCAGGACGCCGAGGACCCGGCCGAAGGCCCGGCCGGCCGGCCGGCGGACCGCCUCCCGCAGAGGGCCCACAGCGGCGGGCAUGUUGUGGGCCUGGUGCCGGGGGCCGGGGCCGGGGCCGGGGCCGGCGGCGGCCGGGGCGGCCCCGACCACCCGCAGCCGGCCACCGCGCAGCAGCACGCCCAGGCCCAGCCGCCGCUGCCCCGGCUGUGGGCCGACCGCGAGCAGCUGGAGCCCAUCCGGCUCCGGGGCCUGGCCCGGGCCACGAGCCUGGACCUGCGCGGCCGGGGGCUGGUGCAAAUCACGCAGGACAUCUCGCGCGCGCGGAAGCUCGUCCUGCUGGACGUGUCGCGCAAUGCCCUGGUGGACUUGCCGCUUGGGGCCCUGCGCGAUGGCCCGGGCCGCCUGCACCGGCUGAAGCUGGUCAACCUGUCGCACAACAACCUGACGGCCGUGCCGCCGGAGCUCUUCCAGCUGCCGUGCCUGCGGAAGCUGGACCUGUCGCACAACCGCCUGGCCGUGCUGCCCACCGCGGCGGCCACCUACCAGCGCGCCUCGGCCGAGCUGUACUCCCUGCUGCUGAAUGACAACCGCCUGGUGGAGCUGCCCCGGGUGCUGGGCGAGUGCAAGUCCCUGGAGGAGCUGGCCGUCCAGCGCAACCCCCUGGUGGCCAUCCCGGCCGAGGUGCUGAGCCUGCCGCAGCUUCGCCGGUUCACCUUCCACGGGUGCCACUUCCUGUCGGCCGCCCAGAUCGAGUGGAUCGAUCGCGGGGGCUGCUACAUGCACCUGCGGCCGGCCGGCGCCGCGGACCCGGCCGACCCCCGGGGCCUCGGGCCGGGGCCGGGGGCCGGCGUGCCGGCCGCCGGGCGGCUGGCGGCCGGCCCCGCGCCCGACCCCGACCGGCUGCCCUACUGGCGGAUGCUGUGCGCCCGGGCGGCCGGCACGCCGGCCCCCCCGGGGCCCGCCGCCAGCCGCCCGGCCGCCGGCCCCGGGCUCACCCUGGCCGAGGUGAGUGCGCACUUCCGCCGGGCCGCCCCCGGGUGGAUGCGUGCGCUGAACUGGCCGACCGAGGGUGCGCCCGAGGCCCGGGCGCCCGGCGCCGUGGGCGACCCGCCGGCCGGCCGGCCGCCGCACCCGGCCGCCGCCCUGCCCGCCGAGCAUGUUGACCACACGGUCUUCUCGCAGGACGGCCUGGCGGACGAUGUGCCGGACUUCUCGCCGAGCGUGCUCGAGGCGGCCACCCGACAGUUUGCCAUGUCCCACGGUGGGCUCGGGCUUGGCCUGGGCCUGGGCCUGGGGGUGCCGGAGCUGGAGGAGGCGGCCGGCGGCGGGGCCGCCGGGGCCGCCGCCGCCGGCCAGCGCCUGGGCCAGGCCAUCGCCGGGGCCAUCGCCGGCCCGGGGGGCGCCGGCCCGGGCCACGUCAACGCCCUGCUGGGCCUGCCGCCCGGCGGCCUCGGCCCCGGCGGCCACCUCCCCAUGGUGCCCAUCAGCUUGGGCUCGCUGCCGGGGCCCGGGGCCAUGAUCGCCCCCGGGGUGCCGGCCGACACCCUGGUGCAGCACGCCCUGGCCGGCGGGGGCAUUGCCAUCGGGACGGGGCCGUUCGGCGGGCCGGCGGCCGCCGCGGCCACCGGCCCCCCCCCGCCGCUGCCGGCCCCCGGGGGGGGACCCCCUGCCGGGGCGCCGGGCACCGCGGCCACCGCGGCCGCCGGCCCCGGGCCGGCCGCCAGCACCGGCACAGCCGCCACCAUGGCCGCGGCCAUUGCCGCCGCCGCCGCCGCCGCGGCCGCCGCCACCACCACCACCACCGCCGCGGCCGCCGCCGCCACCGGCAACAACCCCCACAACCCCAACCUCAUGCCCACGGCGGUGGCCAUCGCCGCGGCCGCGGCCGGCGUCGGGGCCAACGACCCCAACCGCGACGCGGCGGCCCGCCUGCGCCAGGCACAUGCGCACAAUCUGGCCGUCCUGGCGGCGGCCCACUGCCGGACGUUGGCCCGGCGCACGGCCGCCAGCCAGCGCUCGCCCUCGCUGCUGGAGCUGGCCUGCCGGGAGCUCUGGCGCCAGCACAACAUCUGGCGCGAGCUCCGCCAGGCGGACCCGGCCCGGGCCGAGGCCCUGGCCGCGCGGGUACUGGCGGCCACGGCGGCGGCGGCGGCGGCGGCGGCCACGGCGGCGGCGGCCACGACGCCCGGCGCCUCGGGCACCGGGCGCCCCGGCCGGCCCGGGUCCUCCCGGCCCCGGCGCUGGGCCAGCAGCCUCUGGGGCCGGACCCGGGCCGGGCUCCUCCCGGGCCGGGCCCCCGGCCACCGGGGCCCCCCCCUCCCCACCGGCAGCCCCGGCGCCUGGACCCCCGGCAGGCCCCCGGCCACCGGGCCCGGCCAUGCCAACAGCCUCCCGCCGGUGGAGCAGAUCUCCGCCCUGCUGGACUUGACCGGCCGCCAGCCGGGGGCCAUCCUGCGCCAGGUGUCCCCCACGGUGGUGGCCCUGUUUGCCGGGAUGAUGCGCUGCUCGGCCUGUGGCGGCCCGAUGAACCACCAGUCGGCCAUGCGCUACCGCAUGGUCAUCCGAGCCAGCGGCCCGCAGAACCUCCCGCCCGACCGCCAGCGCGACAUCCUCCGGCCCAUGGUCGUGUCGUACCAGCUGUGCCAGGCCCAUUGGCCCGGGCCCGGGGACACCCGGCGCUUCGGCCACCAGCAGCAGCUGUCCCUCUCGGCCCUCAGCAUAUACCCCAACACCAUCGGCGAGAAUGAGCGCAUUCGCUUCCUCUUUGCCGCGCCCGCCCGCCAUGCGGACCGGCUCUGGCCCGAGGGGACGGGCCUGCAAGCGCUCCAGGGGUGA